AUGGCUCGACCUUUAUCUCUUCUAGUUUUGAUUUUUGUUACUGUGGAGGCUGCAGUAAUUCGACCAUAUAAUGUACAGAUAAUCAACCCACGUCAUCAGCAACUUUUCAUGAAUAAUCCUGCAUUGAAUCGAAUGAAUAGAUUUCGUCAAUAUCAACUAGUAUAUCAACCCAUGAAUCUUGCAUACCCCCAGGAACAAGUUGUUGCCUGUCCUCAACAUCCAAGACACUCAAUUGGAAAUUGCCCACACCAUCAACAAGUUAUUUGCCCACACCACCGACCAGAGCAAUAUGCAUUAUAUCCAGUAAAUCAGCAACAACAAUUUAUGCCUUCUUUACCAUAUCAGCAAUUACAAACGGUGUUUAUCUCUCCACAACCUCAAGAACCACCUGUAAGUAUACAUCAUUAA